AUGACAACUACAGAUGCUGAUGACUUUUAUAACUUCUCAGCCUUUGAUCUCAAUGAAACUGGAAAUGACAAUUUUUACACAUUUACAAGAAUCUUUCUGCCCUGUAUGUAUUCAUGCGUUUUUAUCUUGGGGCUGGCAGGAAAUACUUUGGUCUUUAUCAUACUAGUUUUCUACGAGAAACUGAAGACGCUGACAGACAUAUAUCUGCUGAACUUGGCUACAGCUGACUUGGUCUUUCUUUGGACCCUGCCAUUCUGGGCAUACUCUGCUGCUCAGGAGUGGGCUUUUGGCACYGUGGCAUGUCGUAUUAUACGGGGCUUGUAUAAUCUGAAUUUGUACACAUCAAUGUUAACCCUAACCUGCAUAACWUUUGAUCGGCUCGUUGCUAUUACUUUUGCCACCAAAGCACGUCAGCGUCAAAGCAAACGAAAGACGUGGGGCAAAAUCAUCUGCAUCUUGAUCUGGGUGAUUUCGCUAGCUUUUGCCACACCACAGUUCAUUUUUAGUGAGGCAUUUCAGAUCGAUAAGGCAAUAUGUCAGGAAAAAUACCCAAACCAUCGCACAGAAGUGSUUCUUGAAGCAAUCCAAGUGGCUCUUGGCUACUUUAUCCCCAUGCUAACCAUGACCAUCUGCUACUCACUAAUCAUCAAAACGUUACUGCACGCCAGGAGUUUUCAGAAGCACAAAUCUCUGAAAAAAAUAUUUUCUGUAGUUGCCACAUUUAUUCUUACUCAGACACCCUAUACUUUCUUGAGACUGAUAAAGAUUGCAGACUGGAGCUUUAACUUGAACCGCAGCUUUGAGUAUGCAAUAGUCAUAACAGAAGCUUUGGCUUAUUUCCAUGGCUGCCUCAACCCUGUUCUGUAUUUCUUCAUUGGGGUGAAGUUCAGGAAGAAUUUCCAGAAAAUUAUUAAAAAGUCAAGAUGCAUCAGAGGGCAAGUUAGUGUUAGACAGGGGCAAACCACUGAAGAUGAAGGCUCUAAAACUUUUACAAAUAAUGCAGAAGCAACAACCAUGUAUCCGCUAUAAAACCACCUAGAGAAUCUGGCAAC